AUGCCGGUGGAUCAACCAGAAGAUCUCUCGAAGAUACUCAAGACCCUGACAGAGCCGAGCUCUGAACGUGUGUCCACGGCUCUGACGAAUGCAACGGUUCUCCUCGGUACCUUCAACUAUGCGCCCGAUGCCGACAACACUUUUCCGGAGUGGUACAGUCGGAAUCAAGGCAUACUCGAAGAGUGCGUCGAGUCACCGAGUCUUCGAGCUAAGGUCCUUCUCAAGGCGCUCGGCACCGAGGAGUACACGCGGCUCCGCUGCCACGUAUCUCCUGCGAAGCCCGAAUCUAAAACAUUCGAUGAGCUGCUCGGAAUCCUCAAUCAACUUUUCGGUCCGACGAAGUCGCUCUUCCGACGUCGUUUCGACAUACUGAACAUCCGAUCGCCUGCGGGAACUCAUCCGGAAGAGAUUCUGAAUCUCUGCAAUCUCAAAGGCGACGAAUUCGAGGUGAACAACCUUACGGCAGAUCAAUUCAAGAAAUUCUUGGCGUUGCUGAUGGCUACGGGUCCCUCGUUCAAUCAUUUUCGUGCGGUGGUUCUUCGAACUCUCGACGAAAAACCCGGUAUCGAUCUACUCGAGCUACGGGAAAAAGUAAAGCAACACGUCAGAAGACAAGAGGAUGCGACUAUCGGCCUCAACUCGGUCGACGAAAACCCAGUCAGCAUCAACCAGGUAACCUCACAACGGGCCGCUCGUCCUCCACCACGCGGCAGUCGUCAACAACCCAAUUCCAAGUGCAAGGGUUGUGAAGGCAGUCACUUUCGCUCACAAUGCCCCUUCCUAAAAAGCAAAUGCAACGGCUGUGGCAAGAAAGGCCACCUCAAAAAGGUUUGCAUGGCUUCAACGGGAAAUAAUCGAGUGAACGCGAUCCGGCUAUCAUCUCUGACCGAUAACAACGAUGGUUCUCGCGCUUUCAUCACGCUCGCCAUCAACGGGAUUCCAGUACGGCUCCGUGUCGACAGCGGGGCAGAUGCCACUGCCAUAGAAAGCUUCGCCGUGAAUGAUCGAAAUUCGAGGCGAGUCCUGGUGGGCGCACUCUUCAUCGAGGGAAUAACAACAGCUUUGUAUCCUAUCUCGAAAUAUCUGUGGGCCGCUCAUAUAACGUCUUUCUUCAAUGGUCUAGUGCUCGCUCUCUUUGAAGCCGGUUCCUACGUAGCGAUAGCGAAUCUCUGGGAGAAUCCCAAUUUCCCUCUGCAACUUCACAUGUUGGGCUACGGCUUCGCAGUUUUCGUCGUUCCUUUCAUUUCUGAGCCGUUUCUGAGUAAGAGCAACCCCCUAGAUGCUGGCAAACUCCAACAGGCAUCGGUUUCCCGUAUUUACAUUCCCCAUGCCGGAAUCGGCGCGUUGUGCGUUCUACUAGGCAUUGCGCUAGCCAUAACUACUGUCUUGGUACCAUACCCGCCGCAACCGACGAUUGCCGAAAAAACCGACGCCGACACGUCCUCGAAAAAGCGUGAUAAGGUUUUCGAAACGACCCUAGUGAUACCGUUGGCUGUGAUGUCGUUGUUCUGUGUGAGCCUGGAGAUGACCUUCACGGGGAUGAUCUCAUCGUUCGUUAUCCGAUCGGAUCUUCAUCUCACCAAAUCCGAUGGGGCGUAUCUCGGGGGCGCAUUCCGUGCGACGUUCUUCGCAGGGCGAAUUAUCAUCCUGAUCUUGCACAAGCUCCCGCGCACCCUCGUCAUUGUGAAUAACUUCAACCUGGUUUCCGCCUUGGUAACGUCGUUGAUUUUCGUGUUCUUCGUCCUGAGUUCGCCCUACGUGGUGUGGGUCGUGAACGCUGGACUCGGACUGGGACUCUGCGCGAUCUUCGGUACCGAUAUCUCUUGGAUAUUCUUGGCGUUGCUGAUGGCUACGGGUCCCUCGUUCAAUCAUUUUCGUGCGGUGGUUCUUCGAACUCUCGACGAAAAACCCGGUAUCGAUCUACUUGAGCUUCGAGAAAAAGUAAAGCAACACGUCAGAAGACAAGAGGAUGCGACUAUCGGCCUCAACUCGGUCGACGAAAACCCAGUCAGCAUCAACCAGGUAACCUCACAACGGGCCGCUCGUCCUCCACCACGCGGCAGUCGUCAACAACCCGAUUCCAAGUGCAAGGGUUGUGAAGGCAGUCACUUCCGCUCACAAUGCCCCUUCCUAAAAAGCAAAUGCAACGGCUGUGGCAAGAAAGGCCACCUCAAGAAGACUCAAUUUCCGAAACUUUUCGAAACAUCAUUGGGUCUCUGCAGCAAGAUCGAAGUUGAUCUCCGGUUGAAGGACAACGUCACUCCCACCUGUUUACCGGCGCGUCCGUUGGCUUUACCAAUCCGUGAAUUAGUGGACAAAGAACUCGAACGUCUACUCGAUAACGGUACCCUCUACAAGGUCGAAUCGUCCGAUUGGGCAACACCCAUCGUCGUGGUGCGGAAGGCCAAUGGUCAGAUCCGUAUGUGUGCGGAUUACUCGACGGGCUUGAAUGAGGCUCUCCGCGACGUUGACUAUCCUCUGCCGAACAUGGAAGAGAUCAUGUCCAGGUUCAGCGGAAAUCGCAUCUUCACUCAACUCGAUCUCGCAGACGCCUACCUGCAAUUGCCUCUCACGGCUGAGAACCGGAAGUUGACUACCAUCAACACCCAUCGCGGUUUAUAUCAGUACAACCGCUUGGUUUUCGGUCUCAAAACAGCGCCGGCUAUUUUCCAGCGGACCAUUGAUCAAGCUCUGGCGGGACUGGAAGGCGUACUAGUCUACUUGGAUGACAUCCUUGUCAUGGCUCCAGAACAGGAACUCCAUGACAGGCGUUUACGGCAGGUUUGCGAAAAACUGCAAGAAUGGGGUUUCCACCUGCGUUUCGAGAAGUGUCGUUUCAAUUCGCGGACUGUGAAGUAUCUCGGUCUCAUCAUCUCCGAGAAGGGUAUCCAAGCUGACCCGAGCAAGGUUGAAGCAAUCUGCAACCUUCGCGAGCCCGGGAACGUUACGGAGUUACGAUCCCUUCUCGGACUUUUGAAUUACUACGCUAAGUUUUCGGCGCAGUUGCAACAAGUGAAACCGCCCUUCGAGGCACUUCUCAAGAAAGGCGUCACUUUCAAAUGGGCGAAAGAACAGCGCGACGCUUUCCUCAGAGCCAAGGAGCUGUUGUCAAGUCCUCUUUUGCUAGCGCACUUUGACCCCCGCCAAACCCUCGUGGUGGCGGCAGAUGCUUGCGAUACGGGGAUCGGCGGCGUCUUGCUCCAGAGGUAUGCGGACGGAAACGAAAAGGCGGUCUUCCACGUUUCGAAGUCGCUGUCUCCUUGUCAGAGGAACUAUAGUCAGAUCGAGAAAGAGGCUCUUGCUCUGGUCUCUACCGUCGAAAGACUUCACAAAUUUAUCUGGGGCCGUCGAUUUAUCCUCCAGACGGACCACAGGCCUCUCGUUGCUCUGUUUCAGCCUAACAACAUGAAAGGUCUCAGCGAACGCACCGCAGCGCGUUUGAGACGUUGGGCUCUUCGCUUGGUGGGUUAUGAUUUCCAUAUCGAAUACGUCCGGACAAAUGACUUCGGCCAUGCCGACGCGCUGUCGCGUUUGAUCCGCGAACUCAGAAAAGACGGAAAAGACGCCGGCCUGGAUGAGGUCAUCGGUCAUCUCACCCUUUGUGAGCAGGAAAUCGUAGCGAUUCCCUCCAUCUCUCUGAGAGUGCUCAGCCUUCCGCAGGAUGUCAAGGAGGCAUCUCGGAAAGAUCCCGUGCUGGUAUCUGUUCUCGAACGCGUCAGGAAAGGUUGGCGCGAUGACGAUUGUAGAGAUCCGGUUCUCCGGCCUUUCGCUCAACAGGCCGAAAGCUUAUGCGAGACCGAUGGAUCCCUUCUACUUAAUGAUCGCCUCAUCGUGCCGCAACCCCUACGUAAAGCUGUGCUCCACAAACUACACGUCGCGCAUCCAGGUGUCCGGCGCAUGAAAGCGCUCGCACGGGCUUACUUCUACUGGCCAGGAAUGGGCAAAGAUAUCGAAGGGUUAGUGAAGAGUUGCAGGCACUGCAUCCAACACGCCGCAAAUCCGCGCAAGAUACCGCUGCAGCCCUGGCCCGAUCCAAAAAGUCCGUGGACUCGAAUUCAUUUGGAUUACGCCGAACCUCAGAGAGGAAAAAUUUUCCUGGUCAUCGUUGACAGCUUCUCCAAAUAUCUCGAUGCGGCGUGGAUGACUCAAGCCACUAGUCAGACUCUGAUUGCCUACAUGAGAGUCGUGUUCCGACAUUUCGGCCCACCACAAACGAUUGUUUCGGACAACGGGCCGCAAUUCGUUUCAAAUUUUCAACCGAACAGCAGGGGUACAACCGUGAGCGUAACGAGUGAAUGCGAAAGUACUCUGAAGUCAUCGGCUUUAGACGCCAAGGCCGAAAUCCUUCAAAUUUUCGGGCAGAAAUCUAUUGAGCUUACGAUAGUACGUGUUUCGUUCGACAGACGUGGAUUGGUUAUCCUCGCUUUGGAACCUACGUCGACCGUCAUAAUGAAAGUCAUCAUCCUUGUCGCUCUCGUGGCCUGCAGCGUGGCUCAAUGUGUCGCCAUUGAGGCUUUUGGUGCGCCCAACGACAAUGUUGACUUCAAGACUAGAGCCGUGACGCCGGAAAUCGUCGCUAAGGCGAAGGAAUUGGGUAAAACCGAUAAGGUUGAGAUGGUGAAGCUCUCCGAGAAUACAUCGACUCGUUACAAUCUCUACCAUGCUACCCUCACCGUCGAUGGUAAGACCUGCCAUAUGACCGUCAGCGAAGAGAAGCCCCUGAAAUUCCUGGAACAGUCCGACAAGAACAACUGCAUCCUCUGCUGUUGA